CUUCCAACCUAUCGCGUGAUAAAUACAUCGGUGACAUAUCGCCAAGAUCUCUGACAUCUUCUGCUCCAGCUCUGCGCAUUCUCAUAUACCGAAACGCCCCGCUCAAGUAUGAACGGAAGUCCUCAAUUCCACGUAUCAAGCACCUCUAAGCCAGACCCAGCGUGACUGAAUCAACUUGAUAUGGCUCCAUCUACAUCAGCUAUUUGCUCAACAUCACCCGCCUCAUCCUCUGACGCAAGUCUACCGCGGCGCAAACAGCGCGUUUCCGCCGAGCACACUCUCAACCGCGUGCGUGAAAAUCAGAGACGCCACCGCGCUCGCCAGAGAGACCAUGUCGUGUCCCUGGAACUGCGACUUGCAGAGAUAGAGCGGCAGCUCGCGAAAGCACACACUGAAAUCGAGGCGUUGAAGGCAGAACGAGAUACCGCUACUGCGUUCGCUUGCUACGACAUUACCAAGCACUUUGAGCGCAUGGACAGCGCGGUCGGGACGAGCACAUCGUUGACGCAAUUACUGGACACGGCAGCGGUCGAUGUGGGACUGGAUAUGCCAGCCCCAAGCAGCGUCGCAGAAUCCACGCUCAUCGCAACAUCCUUCCAACUCCUGCCUCCACCCGUAUCUCCCGUUGUCGGUCCACCGCCCUGCUGUACAGACUCUCUGCUCACGCCCUCUGCAUUGACUGAACCGACAACAGCAGCUGUCAUUCCAACUGUCGGGUCGGAUCCCGAGUGCUCGACCUGCAAGACUCGGCCGCCACCCAGCCCCUCAGAAAGCACGACGCUGUGCGCGCAAGCGUUCAUUAUGAUCUCGCAGCAGAAUGUGAGGAAUGUGGACCCGGAUCUGAUACGGAUGUGGUUAAGUCAGGGUUAUAGAAGAGCCAUGAGGAAGGGCGAGGGGUGUAGGGUUGAAAACGGGACGCUGAGGGGGUUGUUGGAGUAUAUCAGUGAAGUCUGAUUACCAUCUCUGGGACUUCAUUGAUUUGAGGGAAAUUAUUGCGGCACGAAGCCGGCAUGCUACCUGCGAAGAUCGCGCUCGAACUGAGCACCUCAGAUUCCGCGCCAGCAACCAAGCAUCUUACCUGAUGUGGUCCGCAACAACGUCGCAACAGCGACUAGUCUACCACGUGCAUCAAGCUGGAGCUUUGCGGAUCUGGGGACACCCCGCAUUUCAGUGGCCCCACUUCUACAUCGCCAACACCAACACCAUUCCCCUAGCGGGGGUCCCCGUAGGUACUUGAUACCUAGCCAACGCACUGUCAAACACGAGCCGCAGGUGCUCAAGUUGCAUGCCAAAUAUCGGCUAUU